UCCACUUACAGUUCUAACUGCAGUCCUGGACUGAGACAGUCCGGGACUGCAGUUAGAACUGUAAGUGGAUGGGGAAUCCGGCAGGCGAAUCGUUGGACUGUCAACUGUCGCACGGUGCGACAGUUCAACGAUCGGACUGCAGGCGGAACUGCUAGUUAGUGGAGGCUCCCGUGACAGGCCACAGUCGACAGUCCAAGCUGCGAGAUAUGCGCAUGCGCUAGCUCAGCUGCUCCGUGUCGGCCUCAUGCGUCAUUGAGUGGUGAGCGUUUGGUGGUUGCGCAUUGUUUUGUUUGUGACGCGGCAAUCAUGGCCAGUUGGUCGAAGGAUAAUCUUUUACAGUUUAUAGAGGAGUUUAGGAAACAUGAAUGUGUAUGGAAGGUUAAGUCAAAAGACUAUCACAAUAGGGAAAAGAAGGAAGCAGCCCACCGUAGUUUACUAUUAGUAGUGAAAGGGUUUGACAGUACUGCAACAAAAAGCGAUGUGUUGAAGAAGAUAAACAAUAUCAGAAGUGCAUUUCGUAAGGAACAAAGAAAGGUAACAGCCUCUCAACGUUCUGGCAGUGGUACAGACGAUAUAUAUGUACCAAAGCUGUGGUACUACAGAGAACUUUUGUUUCUUAUUGACCAGGAAGAAUGUCUAGGAGGGACUUCCAACUUAGGAGAAGGAAGAUCUUGGUUAAUAUUGGACAACGACUGGCAACAACAAAAGAAGAAGAUCACUACGGACGCCUUUGGGAAGAACGUUGCUCAAAAGCUGAGAUUGCUGAACAAUGAGCAAAGGAUUUAUGCGCAGAAAAUCAUUAAUGAUGCCCUGUUUGAAGCAGAACUAGGUGGACUAACACGAUUUGCUACAGUUAACCCAGGUAUUCUUUACUCAAGUUCCACAACACCAUCGGCAGCUAGUGUUACCCCAAGUUCAGGAGGUAGAUCAACCUAUGAACCAAUGUAUGAUGAUACAGCAAUGUCUGGCUUCAGUGUCAACUAUACAAAUCUAAAUUAAGUGUUCUAUUAUUAACAAGUAGGCUUAAACCUGUAAACUUUUCACAACCCAAGCUGUGCGGUUUUUUAGUAGGCCUACUCCAGUAGUUGAGUACAUUGAGAGUUAUA